AAUUACAAGAUAAGGUUAAGAUCGUGAAAGUUCCGUUAAUCUUCAUAUCUGGCAUUCUAACUGUCAUUAUGAAGUUAUUUGUUUUCACAUUUCUGUUUGGAAUAAGUAACAUUUUGUGCGCCCAUCCACAUGGUGGGUUAACGGUUCCAGAAGUUAUUGAGAAACUAUGGCUACUAGCAGAUUUAGACAACAGCAAUUGUUUGUCACUGACUGAAUUUCAGGCAGAAUUUAUCACUUCAUUCGACCAUGAUCAUUCUGGAUCUGUAGCAGAACACGAGUUUGUUCACCAAUGGCAGCACAACUAUAAGGAGCACCACCAGAUUGUUGUCCACAUCUUCCAACAUUUUGACAUGGAUAAAGACGGUGUAUUGUCUAGUACCGACCUAAAUGACCUCUUCCAUCGUCUGGACAAUAAUGUUAACCACUGUUUGGAACACAACGAAUAUGCUGCAUUGAUGUCAUAUUUGUACGGUACUGCACCAUUGCCAGAAUUGACACCAUAG